AUCGGUAAACAAUAUUACAAGUACUUGGAAAACAUAAUAUAAUGAAAACGAAGACAUGACGAUACCUAAAAAAAGUUAGUAAUUAAAAACAAACAGCUUUCCAUUAAUUUAUUUACAGUCCACUGUUGCGAUAAUAGCUGAAUAAUUCGAAAAAGUUAAUGUGUUUUUGUAAAAAUAUUGUUUUUUUCACAAGAGAUAAUGUUCAGUUUUUGCCACAAUAAACUGCUCUAUAACAUUGAAUUAGUGAUUUCUAUAUUAGUUUUGUUGUCGUGUGUUUAUAAUUACAUAGAAUCUCCGAGAAUGAUGUGUUUACUUAACAGUUGUAGAAAUCCAACGUUUAUGACUAUGGUGUCCAUGUUUCCACGAGCUGUAGCUAUCACAUGUAUGAUAUCAAGAUUCACGGCUAUGUACAAAAACAUAAGCGCAAUUCAUAAUUAUAAGAAGAAAAUCAAAGAUUAUGAAGUUUACUAUCCGAUGUCAGUUGCCAAAGAAAAUUUACGACGUUUUUUUAUAAUUUUUGUCGCAAUUCUUUAUUCUAUACUGAUUAUACCGUUUAAUGUAUACAGAUUAUAUUUGCUAUAUUAUUAUUUAAAAAAUAUUAUGAUAAAUUUAUUUUUUGUACUAACGUACUUACAAAAUGUAAGCAUGUCUAUGACGGAAAUACAAUUUAUGUUGCAUUGUUCCGGAUUGUAUGUGAAAUUUCAAUCGAUCAAUGAAGAUAUGUCCACAAUGAAGUCGAAAAUGAUUUUAUUGAAUAGAUACCCAUUUGUAUUAAAAUCUGAAGGACGUAAAAGUAUUGAUUUGUAUCCAUCAGCUCGCAAUAUUGAACUACUUAAGAUGAGACAUCAAUUUGUUUGCGAAUCAGUUAGUAAUUUGAAUGAAAUUUACAGCAUCCAGAUAGGAAUGUCUAUUUGUGUUUUGUUUGUGAUGUUAUUGUUUGAUGUUUACGAAGCUGUAACCACCAAACUAGCCCAAACGAAAACGCCUUUACUAUUAUAUGUAUGGCUUAUACAGUAUAUAUUCAGAUUUGUGAUAGUUAUACUAACUUCAUAUGUAACGACGAAAGAGGGACACAGAACAAAAAUGCUUAUUACUGAUAUACAUAAUCGCAAUUUAGAUAGUAGAACAAAAGAAGAGUUACGACUAUUUUUGAAUCAAGCAUGCAAUCAUUCAAUAGAGUUUACAACCUUUGAUUUUUUGACUCUAAAUACACAUCUCAUCACUUCUGCUAUAGUUGCGGGUACAACUUAUAUUGUUAUAUUAUUACAAUUUCGUUAAAUAAAGAAAAAAGAAAAAAAGAUACUCCACUUAAAAUAAUAUUUAAUAUUAUUUAAAUAUAACUUAUCAUAUUUUAUAGCAGUAUGAAGUAUAAAUACCAAUAUGCUAUUAUGCUGUUAAAUAUUUAGAACCAUUCCACGAAACACUAACAGUUUAAGGUAGUAAAUAUUUAUAAUGUGUACCUAUGUACUAUGUAUAAAUGAUAACACGCUAUUUUUAAAAUAAGUAUAUGUAAACAAAUGUCUAUCACAUUUUCAGUAUAAUACUAUAAGAUUC